AUGAUUACUCUUUCACCUCCUGCCGGGGAUCCAGCUGGGACUCAGCCUGAACCUACUCAAUCCUCUUCUAGCGCUGGCUCUGAUUUGGCAGCCGGUGAUGCUGAAGGCGUGUGGAGCGUGGAUAUAGACCAAGCAUUCCAAGAAGCCCUAGCGAUUUAUCCGCCUUGUGGACGGCGGAAAAUUAUCAUUAGUGAUGAGGGAAAGAUGUAUGGUAAGUAG